AGCCACGGAGCUAGAAGAAGACGCUCAUACUCUCUCGCAUGGGGUGUCCCGCAGAACGCCCGUUAUGUUAUUUAAAAAAUGGAUGAAAUAUUCAAUCAAAGCGGAGAACUGAACUUCAGCUCGCUUGGCGACGAGAAGUUCACUUUCGAGGACAUAGACGUCAGCGCGGACGGUAGCCCCAUCCUGAGGAUUUUCAUAUCGGUGGUGUACUCCGUAGUUUGCGCAGUAGGUUUGGUAGGAAAUCUACUCGUGUUUUUCCUCAUGAGAGUCAGACAAGGUCGAAAGAGGUCAACUAUUAAUUUUUUCAUCAUUAACUUAGCAGUGACGGACUUCCAGUUUGUGCUCACUCUGCCCUUCUGGGCCGUGGACACCGCUUUGGACUUUAGCUGGCCGUUUGGAGACGCGAUGUGCAAAAUCGUCCUCUCAGUGACUGUGAUGAACAUGUACGCAAGCGUCUUCUUCCUCACAGCCAUGAGCGUGACCCGCUACCUGUCUGUCGCAUCGGCUCUAAAGAAAAGAGCUCACAGGAGGUCACGGUGUGUGAAGUGGGUGUGCGCGGUGCUGUGGGUGGCGGCGACCGUGGCUACAGCUCCAACCGCCGUCUUCUCUACUGUGACUGUGGUCGCUGGAGAAAAACUCUGCCUCCUCAAGUUUCCUGAGGGACACGACUGGCUUGCCCUCUACCACAUCCAAAAAAUAUUGAUAGCCUUUAUCAUCCCUAUGCUGAUAGUCUCCGUUAACUACCUGAUGCUUUUGCGCUUCGUUAGAAAGAAGAGCAUGGGCAGCAGCAACCCUAAACGGAGAUCUAGAGUCACCAAAUCCGUUGCUAUUGUUGUUUUGUCUUUCUUCUGCUGCUGGAUGCCUAAUCACGCCAUCACCUUCUGGGGUGUCUUGGUCAAAUUUAACGCUGCCAACUGGGAUACAUCUUACUACAUGGUUCACACCUACGUGUUCCCUGUCACAGUUUGUUUAGCGCACACGAACAGCUGCUUGAACCCAGUGCUUUACUGCCUGAUGAGACCGGAAAUUAGGAAGAUGCUAAGCAGUUUGUUUUGGAGAGUCUCCACUCCACCCUCCAGCAAAGUCUGUGCAACGCGCUCUCUUACGCAUGGAGAAAUUCAGGGAGUCGUUCCUCUCCAAAUUAUGGACAAUGCAGAGUACACGCUGCCGAUCAUAGACCGUAAAGGUAUAUCAGGCACCAGAACGAUCCCCCACACCCGCUGAAUUUAAAUUCCAAUGGAAAAGAAGCUGCUGUUUUGCUCUGAUUGUUCACAUGUAGCUGCCGUCACUCGUGCGUAAUGUUUCCAUCACCGCUCAAACCUGAACAUUUUAUGGCUACACUGUGCAGGUUAAUUUAAUAUCAUGCAAUUGGUAUCAUGAUGUGAAUAUAUAUAUAAGUGUAGUGUGGUGUUGCAUUUAUAAAAUUACUGAUUUAAACGGUGGAAUAAAGCAGUGAACUAUUUUUAUUAACUUGCAUUUCAUCAAAAUGCAGCUAUUCUGCCUUUUGUCAUGAUU